GGAAAUCCUAUUGAACUUCCUGUCACAGCAUAAGCGCAGAUGUCAAAAAAGAGAGACCUGGUGAACAGGAACAGUGAUCGAGAUGAGGAAUUUUGCUGUACAAAUGUAAAAGAAGUACCCAUGGAUCUCAGUGAGGAGGAGUCGGCCCCUUUGGUGAUCAGAGAGCGGGGAGGCAGUGAGAGGUCCAGUUCUAGCACUAGUACCAGUUUACAAGUACACCUCUACUUCUUCCCAGCCACAAAGAACGCAACAACAAUACACAUUUCAUCUGGCCAAAUCUCUGCGGAAAAUGUCUGCAUCCAAGCAGGCAAAGAAUGUGGAAUCUUACCAGUGUACCAAAGUCUUUUUGGUUUGGCAUCUGCCGAUCUCUCAUUUUGGUAUUCUCCAUCGCACAUGUUCAACACAGAAGAAAACUUACAAGUCCACUUUAGACUCAGGUUCUUCUUUGGAAACUGGUUUGGGCAAGGACCAAGAACAUCGUACCGCUACAGUCUGACCAGAGACAGAAUCAGUCACGUCCUUGACUACAGUGUCAUUGAUUAUCUCUUUAGUCAGUUGCGAAGUGACUUCAUUGCUAGUGAGGCAGGAGUGUGCCCACCUUUGAGUGCCCAAGAGGAAUGCCUCGGCCUUGCGGUGCUGGACUUGUGGAGAAUGGCUAAAGAGCGGCAUCAGAGUGUAAGAGAGCUCUGCAAGACUGUCAGCUACAAAUCAUGCCUUCCUAAGUUACAUCGCCACGACAUCCAGAGACGAAACCGCCUCGAUCGUUAUCGAAUCCGAAACACCCUCAAGCGCUUCUUAAAGAAGCUUGGUAACUGCUCCAUAGAUGAGUGCAGCUUGAAGCUCAAGUACCUGAUUGAACUGGCAGGCAUCGAACCCUCUCUGGGAAGCGAAACCUUCCAAGUGAAUCCUUCGUCCUCGCAUUCAAAGUCAGCUUUCUGUCUUGUGCGGGUCACAGGGGAAACUGGAAUUGAAACCAGUUGUCAUCCUGAGGGUGCCAUGGAGUGGCAAACCUUCUGUGAUUUCAAAGAUAUCAUCGACAUCAGUAUAAAGAGGGUAUGUUAUGAGCAGCUUCCCCAAGACAGCAGGAUGGUGACAAUAACUCGUAAAGAUGACAGAUGCUUGGAAGCCAAUUUCCAGAGUAUCAAGGAAGCAUUUUCAUUUGUGUCUCUUGUGGAUGGUUACUUCAGACUGACCACAGACUCUAACCACUACUUCUGUCAAGACAUUGCUCCUCCAAGUAUUCUGGAGGGGAUCAAAAACCAUUGUCACGGCCCAAUCACAUCCGAGUUUGCAGUCAACAAGUUGAAAAAGUCAGGAUUUAAAGGCAGUACAUUUCUUCUCCGGCAGAGUCCCAAGAACUAUGAGAACUUCUUCCUCACUGUCUGUGUUCAGACUUCCCUUGGACUUGACUAUAAAGACUGUCUCAUUAUUAAGAAUGAGCACUACAGUCUUCCUGGUGUCCAGAAACCAUUUUCCAGCUUGAGAGAGCUCACCAGCUAUUACCAACACAACAAGCUGCUACUGGCUGAAGUACCUGUCAUGUUGGCUCGCUGCUGUCCACCCCGACCAAAAGAGCUUACAAAUCUGAUCAUCAUGCGCAACAGCAGCUCUGUAGAAGCUCAAGGGUCUCCAACACCUGAAAGGAACAAAUUCAGUCAUAUCCAGUUCCACAUGAUCAAAUGUCAAGACCUGAAAUGGGAUGAAAGCCUCGGACAGGGAUCUUUCACUCGAAAUUUCAAAGGUUAUAAAACAGACAUUCGUGAUGGGGAGAAACAUGUGACAGAUGUUUUCCUGAAAGAGCUUGACGUAGUUCAUAAACACUACUGGGAGUCAUUCUUUGAAGCUGCCAGCUUGAUGAGCCAGAUUUCACACAAACAUCUCCUUCUUGUAUAUGGUGUUAGUGUUCAUGGAGUCAAAAACAUCAUGGUGCAGGAGUUUGUCGAGUACGGGGCCCUCGACCUGUACUUGAAGAGAGGGAGAUCUGUGUCAGUGAGCUGGAAACUUGACGUAGCCAAACAGCUCGCGUCUGCCCUCAACUUUCUGGAGGAAAAGAACAUUGUUCAUGGAAAUAUCUGCGGCAAAAAUCUGCUGCUGGCCAGAGAAGGUGACCCGUCGCAGGGCAGCUCUCCUUUCAUUAAGCUGAGCGACCCGGGCAUCAGUGUGACCAUCUUGGGAAAAGAUGUGAUCCUAGACAGGAUCCCCUGGGUGGCCCCUGAGGUGCUGGAGGCCCCGGACAACCUGACUCUCGAGUGCGAUAAGUGGAGCUUUGGUGCCACUGUGUGGGAAAUCUUCAACAAUGGGAACACUCCACUGCAAGGCUGGGACUUGGAUAAGAAGCGGCAGUUUUAUGAGAGAUACCAGCAGCUGCCGCCCUCCCAAUGGACAGAGCUAGCUGAUCUGGUCAGUCAGUGUAUGGAUUACAAGGCAGCUUUCAGACCCUCCUGUCGAGGGAUCAUCCGUCAACUCAACAGUCUGAUCACUUCAGACUAUGUGAUACUACACGCCACUGAGCCCGUCACAGAGAGCCCUGUGUGGAGAGCCCUCAGCCUUGCUCAACACGAGCAGAUAUUGUUUGAGGAGAGACACCUACGCUACAUCUCCCCUCUGGGGAAAGGAAACUUUGGCAGCGUUGAACUUUGUCGCUAUGACCCGCUGGGCGAUAACACCGGUGAGCUGGUCGCUGUGAAGAAGCUGCAGCCCAGCAAGCAGUCGACCCUGGAUGACUUCAAGAAGGAGGUCAACACCCUCAGUGUUUUAGACUUUGAGUACAUUGUCAAAUACAAAGGAAUCUGUUACAGCACGGGUCGCCUCAGUAUGAGUUUAGUGAUGGAAUACCUGCCCUACGGCAGUCUCAUUGGCUACUUGGAGAGUAACAGACAUAACGUCAACACCAGGCACAUGUUGCUUUUUGCUUCUCAGAUCUGUAAGGGGAUGGAGUACCUGCAGAACAAGCGCUAUGUGCACAGAGACCUCGCAGCCAGAAAUAUCCUAGUGGCCAGUGAGUCGCUGGUGAAAAUCGCUGAUUUUGGGCUGACCAAGGUUAUUCCUUUUGACAAGGAGUAUUACCGAGUAUCGCAGCCUGGAGAGAGCCCCAUUUUCUGGUACGCUCCAGAGUCCAUCAAUGAGUCCAGAUUCUCCCACAAGUCAGAUGUCUGGAGUUAUGGAGUAGUUCUUCACGAGCUAUUCUGCUACUGCGACACCAACUCCAACCCAAAAAGACUUUGCAUGCAGGAGAUUGGACACAAUGUGCAGAGUCCAUCCAUUUUAAUGCAUCUGGCAAAUAUUCUAAAGAAUAACUGGAGGUUGCCGGCUCCUCCAAACUGCCCAGCCAAGGUGUACAGUUUGAUGAAGCAGUGCUGGGCGUACGACUUCGAGGAGCGGCCAUGUUUUUCCGAACUGGGAAUCCAAAUUGAGACCAUCAUGCAGGACGAGAGAGAGAACAGUGUCCACUAUACUGCAGAUUAACCUCGGACAGUGAACUCACCGCAAAGCUGACACUCCACCAAUCACACAAAUCAGCAACAUAUAACUUUUACACAAGUCAAGGAAUCAUUUUCCAAGGCCGUAGUAUCUAUUAAUACCACAUUUCAGAUUUGGAUAAAACAUUUGAUGCCACAUAAAAUACAUUCUAGCUGGUAGGAAAAGUGUACCAAUAAAGUAUCUCUAUAAUAAAAAGGGUUAUAUAGAUCUACGCUUUUUGAGGGGAUGUGCAGUUCAAUAGUGCUGAAGCCCAGAUGGGAAGCCAGACACAUGCCCAUGUAAACAUCGUCAAUUGGAUGAAUGGUUACGGACUGGGACAUAUUGUAUAUAACCAAAGCUGUAUAGCCAGAUAAGAGGAAGCCCCCACCACCACUAAUAAGUGGUAAUAAGAAAAGGCACAUAUAUUCAAUCAUCAUUCAUUUGUAUAGAGGAACUUAAAAUGAAUAACUGAUUCGCAAGAGUUUAACUGUUUCUGUGAGUACAGCCUACAUUUAUGUAAAAACUUUUAAUCAUUGAUCAUUGAAGGCUUUACCAAUUUAAACUUAUUACACAUUUAUCAGCAGCAUUGCGAUUAUUAUUAUUAUUAUUAUUAUUAUUAUUAUUAUUAUUAUUAUUAUUAUUAUUAUUAUAUGUUUAAAUUACAUUUUCUAGAGAUAUUUGAACAGUGAAAAAGUUACAUUUAGUAGUUAUAUAAAAUAAUUAAUGCUUUAUAAGUAUAAAGUUGUACAUUUCCCCGUCGUAGGACUAAUAAUAAAGGAUUUCUGAAACCUUAA